AUGAGCAGCUUCUCCAGACGCGGAGAAGGAAUCGACAAUUAUCUCAUGAACCCAUCAAUGGCAGUCCCCGGUACUUACAGUCACCCCGAUAGCCAUGAAUAUGGCGCAGCAGGAUCUGGCACAUACCAUUUCCCUCAGCAUUCCUUCAAUCCAUACGGAAACCAAUUCAGUCCUUCGUAUGGACAGCAGUCAAACAUGUCAUCCGGAAUGCAGCAUCUCCAGUAUGCCUCCGAGCAUACUAUCCCCUCAAUGUCUACUACCGAAGAUAUGAGACUUCAUCAUCCCCCCCCGCAGUACAUGGCCCAGCCCCGCUACCCACAAUCUCCGAGAUACCUGCCGCUGCGUGACGCUCUUGGUGAGACGGAUAUCGAGAGCCAAGAGUCCCGGAAUGAGGGCACUUUGCUCUCGGAGCCUGUGGUACCUGCUCUCGAUGGGUUUCCAGAUGUGAAGGAGUUUGAUCAACUCAUGCAGAGCUAUGUGGAUGAUCUCUCGGUGAAGAAGCAGGACAAGGCAUUGAUCCAUGCUAAAAGAGCGCGAAACAUUCGGACUGUGUUGAUUGAUCCGAAGGACACUGCAGUUGAGUCCGCCCAAUUUCGGUUCUGGGUCAAGAAAAUGUUUAAGCUUCAACCAGUCGGCAUGGGAACGGCAGAUUGCCGAAAAAUGAUUUGUCAUGAAGGAAAGCCUGUCGCAAUUCGCGAGAAACUGUUCAAGAUUCUCACCAAGGCACACCAGCAAUGUCAGCAUGGAGGUCGCGACAAGACCUCUGCACAAGUCCGACGGAUAUACUCAUGGGUCCCAAAGGAACUAAUCUCCCGCUUCGUCAAAAUAUGCCCAACCUGCCAAGUCCGACGCGGAGGAUCUCGUCUGACACCGCCCAAUUCCCGACGAGGCUCACCAAGACUUGAAAUGGUGCCUCGGUCUCCAAAGCUGCCAUCCCCACCAAUCGUCAAACGAGAAUCCUCUUAUGGAGGACACUCUUCCCUCAACCGAACACAGACAGAAUACCUGAGCCAGUUCCACGGUCAUAAUGGCUGGAUAGAUAGCCCACAGAGUAUCCAGGGCCGUUCUGCCUUGAACUCGAGUGUUCGGUCUUUCCCGGGUCCCAUGAAUGGUCUCUCCCACUCAAUGGCUGGUGGUAUGGAUCCUUUUUCAGCGGAGUUGUCAGUGCCGCCGUCGCAGUUGAGUUAUACGACCGGGGAGUAUAGGGCUGGCUCGAAUGAUUGA